AUGCCCGUCAUUAUUCCCUCGAAAAACCAGAUCGAAAUUGCAUGCGCGAAAUCUCUCGCGGAUUUCGAACGUGAUUAUUUACCUCCUCGAUCUGAAUAUGCGUCUUAUACCCCGUUACCCAAAACUGGUGAUUCAAAAUUUGCAAAAACAUAUCAAUUGAAAUUGUAUAUGUCCAAAACACUUCCAGCAAAAGAUUUAAAGUCGUGUUUGGAUUUGAUAGAGAGGACUUCGGGGAAACAUUAUAGGGGGAGUAGAAAGGGGUGGAAUGUGGGGAGGAAGAGGAGGGAGAUGAGGUUGUGGGAUUUGAGGUAUUUGGUUGUUAGGGAGGGAGUAAAGGAAGGGGAAGGGGAAGGGGAGGGGGGUUCUGAGAUUGAUUGUGGGGGUGAGGGUGGGGAGUGGGAGGAUUUGGAUGUGGAGAGGGGUGAGAGUGAAGAGGGAGAGGGAGAGGGAGAUGAGAAGGAGGGUGGUGCAGAGGAAGAUGGAGAGGAGAUGGAGAAAAUGGAGGAGAAGAUUGUAGAAAAAGGGGAAAUUAAGGGAUUUAUGAGUUUCAUGCCUACCUUUGAGGAUGAGAUCGAGGUAUUAUAUCUAUAUGAAAUCCAUCUCGAAGAUGAAUUACGCAGGUCUAGGCACGCACCUAAUGACUCUCCUAACGCACAUAGCACACGCAAUCCCUAG